CACACUUCCACUCACGCACACACGCACACAGCAGCGACAGCGGCAACAGUACUGGUCUUUUCAUGUCCACAGUGUGCCAUCAAGAUGACCUAUGACUACUACGGAUUCUCUUUUCUGCGCAAUACGCGCAAUGCAUCUGAGCCACUGGCCAUCAACAAUCCAGCGGACAUUUCAGUCAUAGUGAUUUACUUUUUGGUGGUCUUAGCAGUGGGAAUAUGGGCUAUGCUGAGCACCAGUCGAGGGACUGUAGGAGGCUUCUUUCUGGCUGGGAGAAGUAUGGUGUGGUGGCCGAUUGGAGCAUCUUUGUUUGCUAGCAACAUUGGCAGCGGACACUUUGUAGGGAUUGCGGGCACAGGUGCUGCUACUGGAAUUGCUAUCGGAGGAUUUGAAUGGAAUGCCCUGGUGCUGGUCAUCGUUCUCGGAUGGAUCUUUGUUCCUAUUUACAUCAAGGCUGGGGUGGUGACCAUGCCAGAGUAUCUGAGGAAGCGAUUUGGGGGCCAACGGAUCCGUAUCUACCUCUCUGUGCUGUCCCUGGUGCUCUACGUCUUCACUAAGAUCUCAGCAGACAUGUUUGCUGGGGCCAUUUUCAUCAACCAGGCUCUGGGUCUGAACAUUUACCUGGCUGUGGUCCUGCUGCUUCUGAUCACUGCUCUCUACACAGUCACAGGUGGCCUUGCUGCGGUCAUCUACACUGACACCCUGCAGACCAUUAUCAUGGUGGUGGGCUCGUUCAUCCUCAUGGGCUUCGCUUUCAAUAAAGUAGGUGGCUAUGACAAGUUCCAGACCAGCUACAUGGCGGCCAUCCCAUCCAUUGUGAGCCCGAACAUCAGCGAAGCGUGCUACACACCACGGCCCGACUCCUUCCACCUCUUCAGGGACGCCGUGACAGGAGAUCUGCCCUGGCCCGGUCUCAUCUUCGGCCUCUCCAUCCAGGCAGGCUGGUACUGGUGCACUGACCAGGUGAUUGUGCAGCGCUGCCUGUCGGCUAAGAACUUGUCCCACGUGAAGGCGGGCUGCAUCCUGUGUGGCUAUCUGAAGCUGCUGCCCAUGUUCCUCAUGGUGUUCCCUGGCAUGAUCAGCAGGGUGCUCUACACAGACGUCAUAGCUUGUGUGGAUCCUGAUGAGUGCAGUAAAUACUGUGGAGCCAGUGUGGGAUGCUCUAACAUCGCAUAUCCAAAACUAGUGGUGGACCUCAUGCCUGACGGUCUGCGAGGCCUUAUGCUGUCGGUGAUGAUGGCGUCGCUGAUGUCAUCGCUCACCUCCAUCUUUAACUCCGCCAGCACGCUCUUCACCAUGGACAUCUACACCAAGAUCCGCAAACGCGCCUCAGAGAAGGAGCUGAUGCUCGCCGGCAGGGUGUUCAUGCUCUUCUUGAUUGGAGUGAGCAUUGCCUGGAUUCCUAUUGUCCAAUCAGCACAGAGCGGGAAGCUCUUUGACUACAUCCAGUCCAUCACAUCUUUCCUGGCUCCACCCAUCGCCGCUGUGUUUUUCCUGGCCAUCUUCUAUAAGCGGGUCAACGAGGCGGGAGCGUUCUACGGCAUGAUACUGGGCCUGUGUGUGGGCCUGGUCCGGAUGAUCGCCGAGUUCGUCUAUGGCACAGGCAGCUGUGCCAGCCCCAGUAACUGCCCCACCAUCAUCUGUGGUGUGCACUACCUCUACUUCUCCAUCAUCCUCUUCGUCCUCUCCUGCCUCUUAGUCGUCAGCAUCUCCCUCAUGACAAAGCCCAUCCCAGACGAGAAUCUGUACCGCCUGUGCUGGAGCCUCCGCAACAACACCGAAAAGCGGAUCGACCUGGAGGCAGGGGGUGAAUGGGAGGAUCAGCAGCAGGACAACAACUCUUCUAUGGAGGUGAAAGACCCUGAGGAUGAGCCUGGCUGCUAUAAGAAGGCCUACAACUGGUUCUGCGGCUUCGAGCAGAAGAAGGCCCCCAAACUGAGCGCCGAGGAAGAGGAGGAGUUGCAGAAGCAACUCACCGACACCACGGAGAAGCCUCUGUGGAGGAACGUGGUGAACGUCAACGGCGUCAUCCUCCUGGCCGUCUGCGUCUUCUUCCAUGCGUUCUAUGGUUAAUGAGCACAACCGGAAUGUUUGUGCCGGAGUAUAAAUACCUAUUCAUUGGCACAAAUACACAUUAUGUGUACACACACACACACACACACACACACACUCAAAGACAUACACACACAUACACACACACACACACACAUUCUCAGGCAUAGGCGAUAUACGUAUGCUAAAUUGAUCUAAGGAUGUUUUUUUCUUAUUUAAAACACUUCAAACAGCCGGGGUUUUGCUCACCUAGCUGCCAUUUCUGUUGCUCAUUUCAUGAUUUAAAAAACAAUCCCAUUUCCAC